AUGAAUACCUUUCCCAUAACUCACCAAGUAAUAUUUCCAGACAACUGGCCUCCGAAUGGGGUCGUGACCGAUGAAGGGAAUCAAAGACGAACCAACUUACACUCAUCGCCGAAGCCAUACUCCCUUCGAGAACUUCCGCCGAAUACACGUUUUGCGCCAACGUCUGGACUCCAUCUGGGUCCUGGGAAGUGGUCGCAAGUGUACCGCGGAUUCUUGACUGUCCCCGAAUUGGGACCUGUGGACGUCGUGUUGAAAGUGUACACCUGGAACUUCUUUCCGCGUACAGAGCCACUCCCAGGCUCUGCGCCUUCACCAGAGACUCACUCAGGACCGAACUCCGACGGACAUACAGAGGCACUCCUAGCGUGGACGGAGUCAUCUGCCUACAAGAAUAUGACACGCCUUCAGGGGGAAGUGGUCCCCAAAUUUUAUGGCGCCUACUUGGUUAAAACUACGGAAGGAGAUGAUGCCCACUUUGGUGCGGCUAUGUCCUACAUCGGGGGUGUAUCUUUUCUCGAACGUUGCAAUGCUCUUGGAAGUAACACAACCCACGACAUACGCUGGUAUCCCAUGGCCCUCGCGUUGUUGAAGGGUGUUUACAGCCUUCAUCAAUCGGGUGUCUGCGAUUUGGAUGUACGUAACGAUAAUCUGCGCGUCGUCCAGACCCCCGACGGCAGUUCGGAGUACCUGAUGUUUUUGGACUUCGCUUUUUCACGCCCUUCCUGGUUCCAGAAUAAGGACCAAGCUGAGGCAUAUGGCGUUGAUGUGGCAAUAGCCCACGAUUCACAGGAGAUAUGUGCUCUUAUUCACAAGGCCAAUGGUUGGGCAACCCUUGAAGAGGAAAAUAGGUCGUGGUCUUUUGUCCAGUGGGUUCGAGAGGAGUUCGGAGAGGAGACCCAGUGUCCUUCUGCUCUCAUACCCUUCUUGUCUUCCUUCUAUUCACUCCGUUCGACUACUUAUACUCCCCCAGCCAAGUGCUGGCCCCCUCAGUCUUUACUCACCAACUGGUCCACCUUCGUUACUACCAGCACAGACAGACUCGAUAUGAAGCUCCUCAUCGCGUUCGCCGCGCUCGCGACUACUGCCAGGGCAUACUGGCUCAUGGGUAUUGAGAAUUUUAUCACCACCGAGCGCCUCGACCCCGUUGUGAACCCCGGGAAGGUCUCUGGCCACGUCCACUCAGUUCUUGGCGGAAGCAACUUCAGAGCCGCCACCAAUACCUCGUUCCUCCGACAGAGCGACUGCACUUCUGUCCCAAUACCGCAGGAUAAAUCUGCGUACUGGUUCCCUCAUCUUUAUUUCCAGUGGAACAAUGGAAGCUUCACCUCUUUGAAUGGUGGCGCUGUCAUCUGUAAGCAUUACCUCUUCAGUGACAAACCAGGGACAACAACCGCCUUCCCCGAUGAUUUCCGCAUGAUCAGUGGCGACCCAACGCUGCGCACGUACGAUCCAACAAGCUCUGCUCAGCGGGCGAUCACCUUCCUCUGUCUGGACUUCAACGGUCAGAGCAUCCGGUACCCUUACCUUCCGACGACCAGGUGCCCGUCUGGCAUCCGUGCCGAAGUCAACUUCCCUAGUUGCUGGGAUGGCAAGAACACCGACUCUCCUGACCACAAGUCCCACGUCGCGUUCCUCUCUGGUGGACCGGACUCUGGAACGUGCAGCGAUCCCAGGUUCCCGAAAACUCUGCCUAGGAUCUUCAUGGAGGUCUACUGGGGCUCACAGGACUUUGACAACCUCCGCUCGCAAGCAAGGAAUGCCUCUCAACCCUUCGUGUUCGCACAUGGCGACCCCACUGGGUACGGAUAUCACGGUGAUUUCAUCAACGGCUGGCAGCCCGGUGUCCUCCAGAGAGCUGUGGACAGCUGCCACUGCAACCCGUACGGUGAUCCAAAAUGCUGCGCCGACCAAGGCAUUUUCGAUCUCACAAGCGGCAAGAACUGCAGGAUCACCCCAUCGCUCAACGAGCAGACCACCGGCACCCUCCUCAGACUGCCCGGCAACAACCCCGUCCAACCAGAGGGCAAGAAGGCAACCAUCUACCCAGACGACACCAACCCACAGUGGAUCGCGCCCGUUUACGCAUACACCGGUAACAAGCCCACUCAGAAUGGUGUCGUAGUCGGUGCGAACCCCAACGCGCCCGUUGCGGCGGCUCCGACGGCAGUCGCCACCCCAGCGAGCAGUGCCCAAGCGUCGUCGCACCCGGUCGCCUCCGCCUCCGCCGCUCCUGCCACAAGCAAAGCCACAGCCCCAACACCAGUGACAACGCAAGCGCCCGCGAACCCCACACCAGUGACGACCCAAGCGCCCGUGAACCCCACAACGACGAAAAAGGGCCUUCUACCAGGUCUCCCAAUCUCCCUCUCGCUACCCAUCAUUGGCGUUAUUGGCGGGAAGACCGCAGCUCCGGCGCCUGCUGUCCACCCGACGCCGUCCCCGUUGCUGGUCAGCCCUGUUGCUCCUGCAGCAGAGGUCAACUCGAACUCGGACACGACGAACCAUUCCGAGGCCCAGCCCGAUGCAGGGACCUGCCACUCGGGCGCCAGCAAGAAGCGUCGCUCGAACGGGUUUGAGAAGCAUCGCAGGAGCCGUAAGGCAAGGGCGGCGUUCGAGGAAGCCGCACAACUCCCUCAUGUGAGGCAUGUGGAGUAUGAGGCUUACGGGAGCGGAAACUGA